AUGGACAAAGAUCUAGAAAAAUCCCUAUCCUCCUCGGCGGAGGGACAGAAGACGGUCAACGAUGAAACCCCGGAUCCAGACCUACUAAAGCGAGAUCAAUGGCUCAACCACCUGGAAUCCAUCACGGGCAUCGAAUCCCGCGGUAUCGAGCGCGUUCCGCCGGACGAACGCUACGAGGGCUCGUUUGUCCAGAUGCUCCUGCUCUGGCUGAGCGCUAACCUCACGGCCAACAAUACGCUCAUCGGCGUUCUGGGCCCGGUCGCCUAUGGCCUGGGGUUCACGGACGCGGCGCUCUGCGCAGUCUUUGGCGGGCUUUUGGGCUGUGUCGGAGUUGCGUAUGUGGGAACUUGGGGUCCGAGGAAUCGUCGCGAGAUAUUUCAUGGGCUACUAUCCCAGCCGGAUCUGCUGCCUGCUCAACAUGGUCAUCAUGCUGGGCUACGGCAUGAUCGACUGCGUCAUCGGAGGCCAGAUCCUCUCUUCGUGUCUGACGGCCGCAUGACGGUCAUCGUCGGGAUCAUCGUCGUGGCUAUCGUCUCGUGGCUGGUCGCCACGUUUGGCAUGCGCGUGUUUCAGACCUACGAACGAUACUCGUGGCUCCCGCAGGCAAUCGUCCUCGCCGUUAUGGCCGGAACGGCAGGCCCCAAAUUCGACGUGAACAGCCAAUCUAUCGGCUCAGCUGAAACGAUCAACGCCAAUCGUCUGUCUUUCUUCUCUCUGGCCAUCUCUUGUGCCAUUGCCUGGGCGCCGGCCGGAGCGGACUACUAUGUCUACUACCCGGCCAACUCGCCGCGCUGGAAGAUCUUCCUGAUGUCUUUUGUUGGCUUGGGUCUCGCUAUUGCUGUGACCCUGCUGCUCGGCGUCGGGGUCGGGUCCGCUAUCCAAUCUGUGCCUGAAUGGCAAGAUGCAUACAACAACACGCCAGGGAACCUGCUGGAGGCGACCUAUCUUCCGGUCAACAGCUUUGGGAAAUUCUGCGCGGUGGUCGCCGCUCUGGGGGUGAUUGCCAACAACAUCCCCGGCACGUACUCGGCGGCUCUGGCCUUCCAGAUCCUGGGACGAUAUGGUCUCUUGGUCCCUCGCUCCAUCUGGACGAUCGUGUGCGUGAUCAUCUACACGGCCUGCGCCCUGGGCGGCCGGAACUAUCUCUUCGACAUCUUCGAGAACUUCUUACCGCUGAUGGGGUACUGGAUCGUCAUCUGGCUGACGAUCAUGCUCGAGGAGGACCUUAUCUUCCGGCGCGGCAAGCCGUAUGACUGGGAGGUAUGGCAUGACCGGAAGAAACUCCCGCUGGGGAUCGCUGCGUUCACGGCGUUUGUGAUCGGUUGGGUCGGCGCCAUUAUCGGGAUGGUGAGUUCUGAUUCUCCAGCAAACAUGGAGUAUCAACUGACGGUAACAAUUUCGGUACAGUCGCAAGUAUAUUAUAUCGGACCAAUUGCCCGAGCCAUCGCGGGGGGCUGUGACCUUGGGAUCUAUCUGGGCAUCGGGUUUACGUUCUUUGCGUAUCCACCACUGAGGGUGUUGGAGCUGUGGAAAAUAGGCCGUUAA